CGCGCGGCGCGCAGCAGCGGAGUCUGGGGCGAUCGCAGCCUAGUGCCCGGCGCCCGUGCCCGCCGCCCGCAACCUCGUCCCCGCCGCCGCCGCCGCCGCCGCCGCCCCCGGGGCAUGGCCUGUCUGAUGGCCGCUUUCUCGGUCGGCACCGCCAUGAACGCCAGCGGUUACUCUGCAGCCAUGACCGAGCCCAAGUCGGUGUGCGUCUCGGUGGACGAGGUGGUCUCCAGCAACAUGGAUGUCGCCGAGACGGAGCUGCUGAAUGGGCACCUUAAGAAAGUGGACAACAACCUCACAGAGGCCCAGCGCCUUUCCUCCUUGCCGCGGAGGGCGGCCGUCAACAUCGAAUUCAAGGAUCUUUCCUACUCAGUCCCAGAAGGACCCUGGUGGAGGAAGAAAGGAUACAAGACCCUUCUGAAAGGCAUUUCUGGGAAAUUCAACAGUGGAGAGCUGGUGGCUAUCAUGGGUCCUUCUGGGGCUGGGAAGUCCACACUCAUGAACAUCCUGGCCGGAUACAGGGAGACUGGCAUGAAGGGUGCGGUCCUCAUCAACGGCCUGCCACGGGACCUGCGCUGCUUCCGGAAGGUGUCCUGCUACAUCAUGCAGGACGACAUGCUGCUGCCGCACCUGACCGUGCAGGAGGCCAUGAUGGUGUCCGCACAUCUGAAGCUCCAGGAGAAGGACGAAGGCAGAAGGGAGAUGGUCAGGGAGAUCCUGAUGGCCCUGGGCCUGCUGUCUUGCGCCAACACGCGGACAGGAAGCCUCUCGGGCGGCCAGCGGAAGCGCCUGGCCAUCGCGCUGGAGCUGGUCAACAACCCGCCGGUCAUGUUCUUCGACGAGCCCACCAGCGGCCUGGACAGCGCCUCCUGCUUCCAGGUGGUCUCUCUGAUGAAAGGCCUGGCUCAAGGGGGCAGGUCAGUCAUCUGCACCGUCCACCAGCCCAGCGCCAAGCUCUUCGAGCUGUUCGACCAGCUUUAUGUCCUUAGUCAAGGACAAUGUGUAUACCGGGGGAAAGUCUCAAAUCUUGUACCGUAUCUGAGGGAUUUAGGUCUGAACUGCCCAACCUACCACAACCCAGCUGAUUUUGUCAUGGAAGUCGCGUCCGGAGAAUACGGCGAUCAGAACGGCCGCCUGGUGAGAGCCGUCCGGGAGGGCAUGUGCGACUCUGACUACAGGAGAGAGCCCGGCGGGGAUGCCGAGGUGAACCCUUUUCUUUGGCACCGGCCCUCUGAAGAGGUAAAGCAGGCAAAACGAGUGGAGGGGUUGAGAAAGGACUCCGCUUCCACGGAAGGCUGUCACAGCUUCUCGGCCAGCUGCCUCACCCAGUUCUGCAUCCUCUUCAAAAGGACCUUCCUCAGUAUCAUGAGGGACUCGGUCCUGACGCACCUGCGGAUCACGUCUCACAUUGGCAUCGGCCUCCUCAUCGGCCUGCUCUACCUGGGAAUCGGGAACGAAGCCAAGAAGGUCCUGAGCAACUCCGGUUUCCUCUUCUUCUCCAUGCUCUUCCUCAUGUUCGCCGCCCUCAUGCCCACUGUCCUCACGUUUCCCCUGGAGAUGGGAGUAUUUCUUCGAGAACACCUGAAUUACUGGUACAGCCUGAAGGCCUACUACCUGGCCAAGACCAUGGCCGACGUCCCCUUCCAGAUCAUGUUCCCCGUGGCCUACUGCAGCAUUGUGUACUGGAUGACGUCCCAGCCAUCUGACGCCGUGCGGUUCGUCCUGUUCGCCGCGCUGGGCACCAUGACCUCGCUGGUGGCGCAGUCCCUGGGCCUGCUGAUUGGAGCUGCAUCCACGUCCCUGCAGGUGGCGACCUUCGUGGGCCCCGUCACGGCCAUCCCCGUCCUCCUCUUCUCGGGGUUCUUCGUCAGCUUCGACACGAUCCCCACCUACCUGCAGUGGCUGUCCUACAUCUCCUACGUCAGGUAUGGAUUUGAAGGGGUCAUCCUGUCCAUCUACGGCCUCGACCGAGAAGACCUGCACUGCGACAUCGACGAGACCUGUCACUUCCAGAAGUCGGAGGCCAUCCUGCGGGAGCUGGACGUGGAGAAUGCCAAGCUCUACCUGGACUUCAUCGUCCUCGGGGUCUUCUUCAUCUCCCUGCGCCUCAUUGCCUACCUUGUGCUGAGGUACAAAAUCCGGGCGGAGAGGUAAAGCGCCGGGUGCCCGGCCAGAGGAAAACCGGACGCUGAGGCCGAGGGCCGCUCCCAGGACCCGGGCGGCAAGCCCGGCCAGAGGACACAGACACCCUGGGCCCCACCCCCUGGGGACCACGUUUGGUCGUCAGGCAUCCAGGGUCGGUGCCGCCCCAGCUGGGUUGGGUCUCUUCCCCACCACUUUCUAGCUGUAACUAGGAAGGUGUAGAAAGGUUGUUUUUUUUUUUUUCCACGUACAGAAUUUUUAAAUACCACAACUGGGGCAGAACUGAUAACUGCACCAAAGCUGGCGACGAGACCCCUCCUGCGGACGGGGACGCUCUGGCCCUGGCGGGGUGGGGUUGUCCGAGCAGCGUCCCGGCGGCCCCAGGGCAGAGGGGCCCGGGCGCAGCGGCGGGCCGGCCGGCCCGUCCCGGGACUGUUGCUGUCGUAGCUUCAUCUUUUUACGGUUUGUCUCUUUUUCCAACGAGAAGUCAUUUUUCAAGCCAAAUGUUGAUAACUUUCAUUCCUUUUCAGAAACUGUACCUUUUUAGUACUUGUGGAAGAAAAUUAUGCAGGAUAAAUAAUACGCUUUGUUGGGAGCUGUGAGGGGUUUGACGCGACCGCGGGCCUGGCCUCAUUCACAGGCAGAGCUCGUGGAAGACGCAGAGGUAGGCUCCAGGCUGGAGGAGGACCGGAACGGUGUGUUCUAAGCUGUGCAGAAAAAUUGAAAGUGACAGCAAAAGCUGUGAAGUGAAAUUGGCCAACCCUUUCAAAGUCGUUUAUUUUGCCCAUGCUUCUUAUUUUGAGCAAAAAUAUAUCGUUUCUUUCUUCCUGAUUUUCCAAGCACCUUAAUUUUGCCUAAAAAAAAAAAAAAAUCUAGAAGAUCAACCCUGUCGAUGUCUUACAGACAUUUCCUCCCCCUCGUCAGCUACCUCCACUGAGCCUGGGAAAGCCUGGGACGGUGUGACUGUCGCAGGGUCUGCAGGUGCAGCCCAGGAAGGAUGCGCUAACUUCCUAAGAGGGAAGGUGCUGAGAUUUCAUGAGAAUCCAAGACCUUUGCAAGAAACCGGCGAAGACUUGGAGCAGCGGAGGCGCCUGCUGCUCCUUCAGUCAUUUGGUCAUUCGCUUAGAGCCGUGAGCGGUUCCACCCCCAACAUCCUGUUUCCGUGCCGUCUCAGUGGCACCACCUUCUCAACGCUGGGCGAGUGUAGUCUUUCCAGACCGGAAACUCCUUUCCAGUCACGUGGUCACACAAGUAAAGUCCCUCUCGGGCAGGAGCAGCGGGCACCUCUGCAGGGUAAACGGCCUUUGAAUUCCUGGCGGGGCGCCCCUGUGCUCCUCAGCUUUCAGAGGCAGCGUGACUGCACGGCGGAAGGGACCUUGGCCAGAGAAGUUCCUCUGGAAGAAAAGGGAACUGCUUUCUCUUCUAGAAUACCAGUAAGCGGGAAUUGGGGUCUCCUAAUGAAAGCUCGUAUUUUGUGGACAGAUUCAUUAACCUCCCUGAGCCUCAGCUUCCCCAUCUGUAAACAGCAGCAGGAGACCGUCUUCAAGGCCAUAUUCAGCCCAGAAGGAUUCUGAGUUUCCUUGGUGUGUCCAGAAAUUUUGUUUCCCAUUUAAGAGAAUGAGAAAGGUCCAGAUUUUACACACACACAGACUUGACUGGAAAAUGCUGAGAGAUCCCUCUCUCGCCCUCAGAUCCCUUUUAGUAAACACAGCUGAGGUAUUUAAAUGGAAUUUUAUGUUUGCUUACUUUGCACCACUGUGGCGUUGCCGUCCAGAUUAAGUUACUUCACCAGGGUCAGACUUAGCCUUUAUAAAAAGUCUUCAUUCCAUUUCAAGAAAGAUUUGCCUGUAAGACAUAGUGCACUGAGAAGCCUGGUGAAAUACAGAGUGGGGAGGAGCUAAAAGCCCUUGGUCAUGCCCCAGAAUUACACCAGGCGAGGCCAGCACUGAAAGCCUCUGCCGCCAGGGGAGCCCUUCCGGCCGUGGGUCCGUGCGCCCAGAAGGACGUCCCGCGCAGACCGACCAUCCCGCCCCCCGGGCAGCCUCGCUUCUGCCGCUGAGCCCACGGCCACCUGUCUCAGCAGUUUCGGGAGGAAACAGUGAGAUUCCUCUAGAUAUAAAAUCCGGUUUCCAAACACACCUCCACCCGCGGGAGGAAUCCUCUCCCUGGGAGUUCGCGCUCCCUGCAUUUCAAUCUCCAGGUUAUAUUCAUCCCCUAACAGAUGAGAAGCUGAUUAAGGCCUCCCAAAGGGCAGAUCUUGGGGGGCGUGAGGGCCUGCGGGCUGCCGGAAGGGAAACCCUGUACAGACUAAUGUGUUAUUUUCCAAGGAUGCCACCUGGAGAGCAGUGAGGACUGCAGCUUAGGACUGAAGGACGAGGCUUAGGAAGACCUAAGGCCUUGCUGAGCGAGGGUGCUGCCUGCAUCGCUCCUCACUUUGCAGGCGUCAGCAGUGCCCCUUGCCCCUCGCUCCUGCUUUCUCAUCCUAAACUCUUGGCAGCUUAGGGCCAAACACCGCGGUUUGGAUCUCCAGGCAUUUGCCCUCUGCUUUUUGCCGUAGGACAGGUUGAUAAAACACGUUACUCAGUGGCCGACGGGAGCACCCAAGUAACUCAGUGACGUUGUUUUCCUGCAUAAGUGUGGUUAAGAGGUGGGUGUGUGUGCCGUCUCUUGUACACUGGAAUUUAAACCAGGCCGACUUCCCACAUCUAAUUCUUUUGAGUAACGUCUGAAUGUGAUGACUCAGACCUUGCCUUCACCUCUGAUUUCGCUUCUUCAUUUGGAAGGAAGGCGGGGACCUGGGAAGAAAGACGUGUAGCCUUUCCAGUCGUAGUGGAGCUGGAAAAGGAAGUCCAGAGAGUGUCACUGUUGCGUGGGGCUUGUCGGGAGAGAGGGCCUCUGCGGGGCUCUGGCCCCUGGUCCGCGGAAGCAUCGGCGCCUGGGUCUGCAGACCAGCCCCACCUCGGGAGCCUGUCACCUCCUCCAUGUUCACAGCACUCCACGCCUCCCUCUCGCCCCCUCUUGCUGAGUAUCAGCUUGAGAAAUAAAUGCUUCUAAAGCUGCCGUGUGGGUGACCUGGGAAGGGAAGGAACCAUGUAAACAUUUCAUGUGGAAGAUGCUGGACUCUGAUUAGGUCACCCAGGGGAGGGACCUUCAGGACCAAGAAAUGGGACGUAAGCUUUCAGGUGAAAACUCAUCCUGGGGCCCCGCAGAAGGUCAUUUCCCACCUGAGAGCGGCGCCAGCCGGCAGCCAGGGGCAGGCUGAAUCCACAGGGUGGGACCCCCUCCGGUGGUUUCCCUGAGGGGAGAGCACCUUGAGCCCCAGUGCGCUGAGCAUCCUUCCUCGCCAGUGGUCCAGGCACUGGCUGGAUGCCUCACCAUCUCCUCGGUUCAGUUACUUACUCAGCAAAAGAGUGCUGACCCUUCCCCGCAUGCUCAGUGUAGCCCAGGCACGCGGGCUCAGGGAGGGCGCUCAGACGGCCGGUCCUCAGUGCGGGCGUCGGGAGGGCGUCCCACUCUGCAGAUGCAGGGUGCCGCGGCUGGGAGAGGGUCCGUGAGGUCCUGGGUCCAGGGCCAGGAAAGAGCAGACUUGAGUCUGACCCCAGACUCUCUACCUUUUGCUUUGCCGUAUCGCCUCCUGUUCACAGUGUACAGAUGUAUAAGAAAAUGCAACGUAUAAAGUGAAGUGCUAGGUUAGUUCUGGACUUGCUGUCACCAAACGGACAGCUGAGUUGGAAGGGUGGCCCACAGCCCCUUCCUCAGUCGCCUUGCAUCAGGGUGUCCCGAGCUGGCCUGGGGGCUGAGCCCACCCUGUCUCAGUGGAGAGGUGCCUUCCCCGCCCUUACCUGGUCUAAGCUUCCUAGUGCAGCACACCUGCAGGCGAGCUGAGCCCCGAGAGGGGCUGGUGUGCACACGUGUGUGUGUGUGCAUGCACGCCUAUGCGUGUGCACGUACACACACGUGUGUACACACACGAGGGCACGUGUCAGGUCGCUCUGGGUGUGUGUCUCGUGGUAUUAUCUGUGGUGUCUCUAAAUCCUCAAUCAUCCUUUACUCCAGGAAAGAAAGAGAAAACUCCCUCACUUCAUGCCUGCGGUGCGGAUGGUAACACGUAGUCAAAACCCACAGACUUGCAGCAAAUACCAGCUAAACUGGGAUGUCACAAAGAGUGAAACAAAACAACGCAGCGGAGGGGAGGGAGGUGCAGGGUGUGUGGCUAUAAAUUAGAUACUCCUCAGAAAUGAAGACUGCUAAUAAAACACUUUACAUAAACUUUU